UCCGGAGCAGGAGACGGGGGCACGAGGCACGCGCACCCACCACACCACACCCCCCUCCGCAAAAACCCAAUCGAGUGCCCACGCAGCCACGCUCGGUAUCAUCGUCUCGUCCCUCAUUACUACCAGUACUCACUUCCCCGUCUCCCCUUCUCUGCUCUCAGCUCCCUCCUCUUCGAUCGAUUCCCCUCCCCUCCUCCUGUCUCUCUGUAUCUGCACCUGUAUCUACUCAAAAGAAGUGCAAGGGGAAUAUAAAUUAAAGACGGCACGGGUAAAGGACGCCCCGGUGAAAAAAAACGCCGCCCCUUUUAUAAACCCUGUGCCCCCUCCCUCGCCAUUGCACAACAUCAUUCAUAUCCCGUCCCAUCCCCGUCCGUCUCCUUCUAUUCCUUGUGCCUUCCUCUUGCUCUGUCUGCUUGCUUUGGCUGGGCUUCAUCACACACGCGACGCGCGCUCGGCUUGAUCGGAACGAUCAACGAUGCGUUUGGCGUUCGGCUGCUCGUCUUCUGCAUCUUCGCGUAGGUGAUCGCUGCAUUGUUCAUCAGCUGGAGCCGGAGUCGGGGAUCGCAGGGUGGCAUUGGGAAGACAACGACGCCAACUACACGCUGAUCACAGGGCUCGAUCGUUGCACGCCGAUCACUUCCUCGAGCUUCUGACGUAGGUUGGCCAUUACUCCAAACAGAGGAGCUUGGCUUGGGAAGAAAACAGAGGAAGCAGAGAGCACAAGGGUCUUUUUCAAGGCCAAGCAAGAGGGUCAGUUCCAAGCGACGUGACGAACGUGAUGCAGGGAGGCCACGGCUAUGGUGGCUACGGCGGCUCCCCGCCGCAAGGGUACGGCUACGGCGGCUACGGCGGCUACGGCGGCUACGGCUACGACGCCGGCGGGUACAACUCCGGUGCCGCUGCCGGGGGUUACUACUCCAACAACGGGUACCCGUCGUACGAGGACGCGCUGGCCGGGCAGACGAUGAAGGCGCACGAGUCCGCCGCGCCGCUGAACGAGCUGGAAUUCCAGCCGUCGGAGACGUGCCCCAAGAACUACGUCAUCUUCGACCAGACGUGCACCAAGAGCCGGGUCAUGUUCCACCCUUCCCUGGCCAACAAGUUCGGCGGCAACGGGGGCGCCUCGGAGUACGACAACUACUACGGCGCCCCCGGCUCCGGCGGCAACGCCUACGACGCUGCCGCCGCAGGCAAGAGCAUGUACAACAAGGACAGGGACUACGACGCCGACAUGAGCUGCUCCGUGCGGCACAAGGAGGACACGGACGAGAUCGACGCGCUGCUGUGCUCGGACGACGGCGACGAGGACGACGUGGUGAGCACGGGCCGCACCCCGGGGUACCGGGACGGGAGCUCCCCGGACUCGUGCUCGUCAAGCUACGGCGGCGGCAGCAAGUCGAGGUCCGAGUGCACGGGCGGGCGGAAGAAGAAGGAGCGGAUGAAGAAGAUGGUGCGGACGCUCAAGGGCAUCAUCCCGGGUGGCAACCAGAUGGACACGCCGGCCGUGCUGGACGAGGCCGUCAAGUACCUCAAGUCGCUCAAGGUGGAAGUCAAGAAGCUCGGCGUGCGCGGCUCCGACAGCUGAUGCGUGACAUAACAUCAUGGAUCACUACCCCGGUGGGUUAAGUUGAGUUGGGUUUUGAACAAAAAGGCAGCCAGCAGCAGCAGCAGCACUGAUCGAUCGAGUACUGACACAACACUAGCGCAUCAUCGUCCUUCUCCAUAGUAACCGAUGGCAUCGGCAUUCGGCAUUGUCACGUACUCGCUGGCAUAAGGGCAGCUUUUCGCAGUGCCAUGAUCUUCUUGCCAAACUCUUUUUGUACACUCCCCCCCUUUGGCGUCCAUGAUGAGGGCAUGGGAGAGCGGCAUGGAUUGAUGAAUGUAACUUAGCUAGUGCUCUGCUUUGGGGGUAGUGGAGCGGGAUGAUGGACUGAUGGAAGCCGUGUCGGGGCAGGGCAGGAGAGAAGGGGAGCACAGAGAGCAAUUGCAUCGAUGCUCACUUCACUUCUUGGCUUUCUCCUCGCUCCGGCUGGUGCUAGUUGGUGGGCCUAGCUAGUGCAUGCUUCUGCUCCUCCUAGGAAGCAGCCUGGAUGCUGUGUGGUUUUUAGUUGCUUUGUUUUGCAAAAUUCGCUUUUUAGUUGUUGCUCCUGCAAUCUGCAUGCUACUUUUGUCUUCUUCCCGUCUU